CAUUGGAGUAGUUGGAAUUUUAAUCGCCUGUGCAUUCAAUUUUUGUUUCAAAAAGAUUCCUUCAGUUUCAUCAAUAAUUUCCUUACAGAAGAUCAUAAAGAAUAAUCAAGAUCUCGAGGCCUUUCUUAAAAAUCAUGGGCCUUUAGCUGUAAACAGGUAUAGCUUUUCAGAAGUGAAGAAAAUGACCAAUUUGUUCAAAGAUAAACUUGGCCAAGGAGGUUAUGGCAGUGUGUACAAAGGAAAGCUUUUUGAUGGUCGUCUUGUAGCAGUGAAAGUCUUAAAUGCAUCUAAAGGAGAAGGACAAGAAUUCAUCAAUGAGGUUGCCAGCAUUAGUAGAACUUCUCAUAUUAAUAUUGUCACUCUCUUGGGUUUUUGUUUUGAGGGUCAGAAAAGAGCUCUAAUAUAUGAGUUUAUGCCAAAUGGAUCUCUUGACAAGUUCAUAUGCUACAAAAGUCCUUUGAAGAGUAGUGAUCAUCAUUUGGGAUGGGAAACUAUGCACCAAAUUGCUAUAGGAAUAGCUCAAGGACUUGAGUACUUACACCGUGGAUGCAACACAAGGAUUGUGCACUUUGAUAUAAAGCCUCACAACAUUCUUCUUGAUGAAAAUUUUGAUCCCAAAAUUUCUGAUUUUGGGCUUGCAAAAUUAUGCACCAGAAAGGAUAGUAUUAUAUCCAUGCUAGAGGCUAGAGGAACUAUUGGGUAUAUAGCUCCGGAAGUGUUCAGCAGAAACUUUGGUGGAGUUUCAUCCAAAUCUGAUGUUUAUAGCUACGGUAUGAUGGUUUUAGACAUGGUUGGAGGCAGAGAGGAAGAUGUUGGAACAGAUCAUACGAGUGAGAAAUAUUUUCCACAUUGGAUUUAUAGACAACUUGAGCAAGGCAAAAAAUCCAAAUUGUGUGGUGAGGUUUCCAUUGAAGAGAAUGAAAUUAUUAGGAAAUUGACAAUAAUUGGCCUGUGGUGCAUCCAAACAAUUCCAUCAGAGAGACCAUCCAUGAGUAAAGUGAUAGAAAUGCUAAAAGGUAGCAUAGAAGCCUUAAACAUCCCACCAAAGCAUUUUUUAUCUUCCCCUCCAAGAUCUCCAUCAUCCACUUCUACCAUAUCAAUGACAAAGUGUUGAAAAACUUUUUUUUUCUUUUUGGUGCAUUAAUUAGACAUGUUUAGGAGGAAGUGACCCAACAAAUUGAGUUAAACUUUCUCAAUUUGAAAAUUUGUAUGGUAUUUAUCUUUUAUUUGUAUGGUCCUUCAAAGAGAAAGGGAAUAACCUGAGUCAAAUUGCAUCAUCAGAAACUCUAUUUAUCUUCAACAUAUCACUGAUCUCAAGAAAGUGUGCUAGAUGUACAUGUGGACUUUCACUUGGACUUCCCCCAAAUUGUAAUUGUUGUACCAUCUUGCACAGUGCAGGCUUCAAUUUAAAAUUAUUAGCUUCUA